UCUUACAACCAUGUUCACUCAACUUUUCGCUCUCUUCGCCUUCCUGGCCGCCGCUAAUGCUGGCAUUAUUCUUCCCGAGACGAAAAUUGAAACCAUUCCCAUAGUGAAGACGAAUAUUCAUGGUCCAUCUGGAGAAAUCACACAAGAAGAACAUUUGCCAGUCAUUACUCAUCAUGAGCCAGCUACCAUUCUUGAAAGUCAUCCAGUAGUACGUCUACAUGAUGUUCCUGUUGUAGUUGCACCUGAGGUGGUACACCACCAUGAAGUUUCCGUUGUUCAUCCUACCGAAGUGGUUGUACCCCAUGUUCCCAUUCAUCAUGAACUUCCGGUGGUUGUUCCUCAUGAAGUACUUCCAAUUCAGCCUAUUGUCCACCAUGAGCUUCCAUUGGUUGUACCUCAUGAAAUAGCUCCAAUUCAUCAUGAACUUCCACUGAUUACUCAUCACGAACUUCCCCUUGUCCAGCCCCAUGUACCGUUAGUGCACCCCAUUCCCGAACACCCUGUUUGGAUUAAGAGCGUACCACAUACCAUCCCUCUUUAUAAUGUGCCUCAUUUGUACAAAAACUUGUAUUACCACUGA